AUGAUGCAAGAAAUAUUCAACGAUGAAAAUAAUCGAUCAUUGAACUAUACAAAAAUUGAUCGAUGUCAAGAUAAUAUUUGUAUUAAUAAUGAUGAGUAUUACAAACAGAUUAUACAUUCAAAUGAACAUAAUAAUUCGGAUCAAGAUCUAAACAUAAAAAUACUACUAACAAAUCGAUUUCGUUUAAUUUUAUUUAUUUUUUUAUUUUUAACAACACAUACAAAUGCAUUACCUGCAUAUCCAACUCAAAUGAAUUAUAAUCAACCGUCAGUACCUGUUCAAUUAAAUGAUCGCUCUAUAUAUCCCACUCAACAAACAUUUAAAGUCUAUCGACGUUUUCCUACUCAAAUACAACAACAACAACAGCAAUUUAAUAAUAUUCCGAGUUAUUCGAAUGCAGCUAUUGUACAAGUUCAUAGCCAACAAAAUCCAACAAUCUAUGUUCAAAAUUCAAAUGAACAACAAUAUACAUUACAAUUAAGACGUGAACGACAACGUCGUGCAAUGAUUGAUAGAAUGGUUACAUUAUUUGAUGAAGAUGGUAAUGGACAAUUAACAAAAGAUGAAUUAUAUUCAAUGGCUUUACGUUCGAAUGCGUUUCCAAGAUUUCAUUCUUAUCUUAAACAGACAUCAACAUAA